AUGGCCAACACGGUGACCGCCUCUGCCACCGGGACAAGCUCCGAAGAGCAGCUGCAGCACGAUAUGGCGCUAGCAAGCAAAGUGGCUCGCGCUGCCGCUUCAGCAUCGACCAGCAGUGGCUCGGGAGUUCGCCUUGUUUACUCUACGAGAUCCUGCUGGCCCUUUGCUGCCGGCUCCUCCUCCUCCUCUGCUGAGAGCAGAACGCUCGACAUUGCCGUACUGGACUCGUCGUUCAACCCUCCGUCACGAGCACAUCUUGCACUGCUCUUGUCGCAACCCAUCCUGGCCGAUCAGAAGCGCUGCUACGACGGCCACCUGUUACUCUUCUCCACCCAGAAUGCGGACAAGGGAGCGGGCAAGCCAGGAGAUGCGUCGCUUUCGCAACGUGUCGAGAUGAUGACGCUCAUGGCAAAGGACGUCGAACGCAUACAGGCUGCCUCGGGCCACCGUGCGAAUGUCGCUGUGGGGUUGGUGGACAAGCCGCUCAUCUUUGCCAAAUCUACACUCACCUGGGAUCUGCUCAAGCAGCAGCAGCAGCAAGGAGAAGAAACCGAGCCACGGCUCCAUUGGGUGGUGGGCUUCGACACCCUCUACCGCGUCUUCCAGCUCAAAUACUAUCCGUCCCUGCAAGCGUUUCAGCAGCAGUGUUCGCAGUUCUUCGAGCGAGAAGGUACCACUUUCGUCUGUGCUCGACGCGACCCUUUGUCUUAUCCUCAACUGAUAAAUGCACAGACCGGAGAACAGGAUGCCAAAGUACAAGCGCGGAAGGAGGAAGACAAGCUGCUCGCUUCGGAGAAUGUUGCUGCCUGGGUGCAACGAGGCUCGAUCGGCAUGCUCGAUAUCGACGCGGAUCAAGCCACGCUCAGUUCGACCAAAAUUAGAGCUCUGCUCAAGGACACGAGCAUAGAGAAGGACGACAAGAAGCAACAGUUGAAGGCGUUGGUGCCGCCUUCGUUGGUCGAGUACCUGGUCGAGUCGGGCAUCUAUGGUCAAGACGAGCAUGGUGUGCAAGGAUAG